CUGCACCUCCCCAAAAACCAGCUUCAGGUUUGCAAGUAAUUGCUACUAUAGUUAAUCGGGGCCAGGUCCCUCUGCUCUGCACCCCGGUGCUAGACCCCUGGUGCUCUCCGGUUCCCCAUGCACAACCCUCCGUGGCCUCCUCCUUUCCGCAGCUGCUCGCCCACCGCCAUGCUGCCCCUGCUGUCCCUGCGCCUCUGCCCACGGUGCCCACGCCACUCUCCCACCCGGCUCCUCGCGGCGGCAGCUGCCCAGCAGCGUAACUACUAUGAACUGUUGGGGGUGCAUCCUGGUGCCAGCACUGAAGAAAUUAAACGAGCUUUCUUCUCUAAAUCCAAAGAGCUCCAUCCUGAUCGAGACCCAGGGAACCCGACCCUGCACAGCCGCUUUGUGGCGCUGAGUGAGGCCUACCAAGUGCUGAGCCGGGAGGAGAGUCGCCGCAACUAUGACCAGCAGCUCCAUGCCACUAUGCCCCCAACCUCAGGGAAAACAGUCCGGCACGGGCCAGCACACCAGACAUACAGAGACCCUUGGGAAGACCCCAACGCGAGAUACUGGGCCCAGUUCCGUGGUGUGAGGCCUCAGGGGUCAGAGGAGAGGCGACAGCAGCAGAAACUCAACAAGCGGGUGAUGGGUUACUGUGUGCUGGUCAUGCUGGCAGGCAUGGCCCUGCACUACGUGGCCUUCAGAAAGCUGGAACAGAUUCACCGGAACUUCAUGGAUGAGAAAGAUCGAAUCAUCAUGGCCAUCUACAAUGAGACUCGAGCUCGUGCCCGCGCCAGGGCCAAGAAGGCCAGGCUGGAGCAGGACGCACAGCAGAGCCAGGCGCUGGCAUCUUCGCCCAGACCCGUCGCGGGACCCGAGGUCGUGCCCCCUGGCACCAGCCCCUGAAGUCCCCCCCAAACCCCAUGCAAUAAAGAGAUUCCCAGA